AUGGCUCCAUACAAUCCUAUGAAGAAGCACAUGGACAAAUUGGAUGAAUGGGGUUCGGAUCAUAUGAAAAAGUUUAAUACUCAACGUGAUGCUGGAAGUGGCGCUUCUUUUUCGGAUAAAUUAAAGAUUGCUAGGGGAAAAGAUGAUAGGUGGGAACGUACUAGAAAGCCAACCGAAACAGCAGAUGGAGAAAGAAUUGUUCCAGAGAGAGCUGCUCGGCUACCACCAGCUCCAACAAACACUUUUGCUGCAGCUCGUUCUUCAGCCGUUCCACCUCCGCCUCCUCAAAGAAGUGGCAGUGGUGCACCUCCUGCUCCGCCUAGUCGUACGGCUAACAGCACAAGCGCCGCACCACCACCAACGCUACCAAGACGGAUGGACAACGAAGCUGGAACGAGUAAUCCUCCACCUCCCUAUCCUGCUGCUCCACCUGCUGCGCCUUCAAGAGGUUUGAAUCAAAGUAACAUGGUAACGGGAUCAGAUCAUAUUGAAUUCUCUAAAUUCGGACCGGAAGACAAAGAGGCAUUCUUUGAUUUGCUAGAUGAGUACUUUGCCCAACGAUUGAAUGUUUCU